AUGCUUGAGGGUUAUACCGUUUGGACAUCACAUGGUGAAGAAAGAGGAAGAAAACGUAGUCGAACAUCGUAUAAUCGUUAUUAUGUUCGGGAACCUACGAGGGUAGAACAACCGGUAUAUUUGAAUGCGAUGCUACAUGAUUUUGCCGGUGAAAAUUCCGAAUUUUAUAACAACGUGGAUACGGGAACUAGGAAUGUAGAAGAAGUUCCAAAUGAUAGUGCAAGAAAAUAUUAUGAGGUGAUUGUUGAAAAUGGAGCACCUAUUUAUCCCGGUAAUACGAAGUAUACAAGAUUAAGCUUUACCACAAAAUUGUUAGAAUUCAAGAAUAUCUCACACUGUAGUAAUAAGGCUUUUGAUAGUUUGCUUACACUUUUUGCGGAUGUAUUACCAAAAAAACACACGUUGCCCCAAACUUAUUAUGAAAUGAAGAAGAUAAUGAAGGGUUUGAGGGUUGAAUAUCAAAAGAUUGAUUUAUGUGAGAAUGAUUGUAUGUUAUUUUAUGGAGAUGACAAGGAUAAAGUUGUGUGUGAUAUAUGUGGUCAAGAUCGUUAUCGGGAUGUUUUGAGGAAAGAUGGUAAAAAAAUACCAAAAAAAAUAUUGAGACAUUUUCCUUUGAUUCCUCGACUACAACGCUUGUAUAUGUCAAAACAUACAUCCGACCAUAUGAGAUGGUACAAGAAUCGAGAUGUCAAAGAUGGAGAAAUUAGUCAUCCCGCGGACGGAGAAGAGUGGAAAAAUUUUGAUCAUCGAUAUCCAUCAUUUGCUCAAGAAAUUCGUAAUAUAAGGCUUGGCCUUGCAACCGACGGUUUCAACCCAUUUGGCCCUACCGGGAAAAAAACAUAUAGUGUGUGGCCCAUAGUAGUAGUUGUCUACAAUCUUCCGCCGUCAAUGUGUAUGAAAAAACCCUAUAUGUUUAUGACCGAUAUAGUGCCGGGUCCGAAUAGCAUUGGCAAAGAUAUUAACGUUUGUCUAAGGCCUCUCAUUGAUGAAUUGAAGAUAUUGUGGAAUACAGGAAUUGAAACAUAUGAUCAAUCUUUGAAACAAAAUUUUACAAUGAGAGCGGCUCUUAUGUGGACAAUUAGUGAUUAUCCCGCUAUGAGUAUGAUAAGUGGAUGGUCGGGUAAAGGAAAAUUAGGAUGUCAAGUGUGUCUUGGAAGUGUGCAAGGGUUUCAAUUAAAACAUUGUGGUAAAUGUAGUUUCUAUGGCACGAACCGAAUAUUCCUUGAACCGAAUGAUCCACUACGUCGGAAAAGUAAUUUGUUUGAUAAUGCGGAAAGAAGAGUGUUUCGUGGUCGUUUGUCCGGGGAGGGUGUAAAGGAGUUGCUUGACGGUUUAGUUUUUCCACCACCCGGAAAGACUAAUACAAAGGCGAGGAGUAUCGGAUAUGGGGAAGAGCAUCAUUGGACUCAUGUUCCAAUUUUUUUUAGAACUCCCUUAUUGGUCUUCACAUAG